UUCAUACAGCAAACAGAUAUUUAUGCUUUAACAAUGCAAUGCACACAUUCCAUGCCUGGAAGCUUCCCCUGUAUACUAGCAUUUAUUCUUCAACCAUCAGCCAAGCAAUCAAAAGUGCCCACCAACCUCUAUAUCACACCUCAUUCAUCUAUGCCUCACCUCUUUCUGCAUUCAAACAUGAAUUCUGCCUUCACAUGCACCCCCUUCCAAUCUCCCUCUUUCAACCUACAACAGCGUCCGCUGUCCCGGCAACAGCAGAUUACCGUCAAGUGGGGAAGAAGACGACAUUUCUCGCUAAAGCCUAUACAAGGGCCAAAUGCGACUGGUGGAGUCAACAAUACUUACCGCAGAGGCAACACCUUACCAUCUUCACCCCUCUCAGAUGUCAUUCAGGAGUUCUACUCAUCCCUCAAUGACAAGGACAGCGCACAGCUCAAGAAGCUGAUUUCCCCUGAUUGCAUUAUCGAGGACACUGCAUAUUAUAAACCACUGGACAUCAAGAAUACUCAUACCUACUUCACAAGGCUUAUGGAAGCUAUGGGGAAGAAUGUGAAAUUUGCCAUCGACGAGGUUUGUCAAGGAGUAGAACCCACUGUUGCAGUAAUGUGGCACCUUGAGUGGAACGGUAAGACCAUCCCAUUUGCCAAGGGCUGCAGUUUCUACAUAUGUUCAGCAGAUGGAGAAGCUCCUCUUAUUAGGAAAGUUCAUAUCUUUGACGAAUCACCGCUGAAACCAGGAAAGAUGGCAUUGGAAAUACUUAAUUUGGUUACCAACUUGUUCGACACACUCCCAAAUAUAGCUGAAUGUUUCCUAAAGAAUCCAGAAGCACUAGUUCAGUCCUUUGCAAGAUUUUACAAAUUCUGUGUGAAGCCUUUUCUCGUCCCUCUACUUGCCUACUAUACCCACUUUUGGUCAUAUGUGGCACAAGGAUUGACUAUGGUGCUCAAUAUUUUGUAUAACAUAUUCAGACGGUUCAUGUAACUAACUAAUACCACUGAAAAGUCUAUAUUCAGAAGAAAGAAACCAUCGAAGAUACCCUGUGGUGAUAAUCAAUUACCGGUAACACCACGAGUGAUGGAUCACUGAAGCACCUAAGCGAACUGUCAACGUCAGUGAUUCUGAAUUUACACAUCAUGUUGGUUUGCUCACCACGGCUUGUCCUAUUAUUUCUCCUGCGAAAAAGAAAUGAACAUCAUUUCAUUCCUAAAGGAAAAUGACUGAUAGCAUAGAGAUGUAUAUACCCACAGGAAACUGCUGUAAGAAAUACUGAGCGAUGCUAUUAUUAUGUUCUGAUAUUUCCUUGAUAACCUUAGAUGAAAAUGUACCAUAGAAAUUCUGCCUACGCAUUCCUGUGCGACAGCUGCUGUACCAUUUUAUCAUAUAUGCCUAUUUGUGCAAUGUGAAUUUCCUUUCAGUGGGGACACUACCCCCACAAUCUGUAUACUACACAAAACAGUACGGUCUGCGCUCUGCAGGAUAGUUCAAACACUUACACGCCCAAUGCCAUAUUCCCUGGCAGCAAUGUAAAACUAUUUAUUCCAAUAUGUAGCAAAUAUUCUAUUUGAAGCCUGAAAUUGAAUCCA